AUGGACCUCGGAGCCCGUCACUUUGCCUUCGUCUCGAGGACGGGGGCCGACAAAACCGAGGCCGCACAGGUCGUGGCAGACCUCAAGAAUGCUGGCGCCUCAGUUUCUAUCUUCCGCGCCGACGUUUCCGACGAAGCGGCCACGAGAGAGGUUGUCAAUCGCGUCAUUACUGAGCGCCCUAUCCGCGGAUUUGUGCACGCAGCCAUGGUCCUGAAAGACGGCAUUGUCGAGCAAAUGACAUACGAUGCUUUCGACGCCUCCAUCGGUCCCAAGGCACGCGGUGCCGUGACCCUUCACAAUGCCCUCCGCGAUGUGCCGAAUCUCAACCUCGACUUCUUUGUGCUCACGUCGUCCGUCUCAGUACUGCUUGGCAACAUGGGUCAGAGUAACUAUAGCGCCGCCAACAGCGUCCUCGAGUCCCUUGCACGCUUCCGCACGGCAUAUGGUUAG